AUGGAGGUUCGAUCCGGGAGCGCGCGCGCGUCCCCGAUCGAACGGGCGUUGGAGACGUGGGACGUCGCGGAGGCGAGGGCGAGCGAGGUGGAAAACACGAGCGAGGGCGCGACGUCGACGUCGAGACCGAAAACGAUUUCGCACAGGGCGAUGGGUUUCGCCCGUGGGUUGUACGACCGCGUGUACGAGGACGAACGAAGCUUGUUGUGCUUCGGCGAGGGGUCGCUCGCGCGGAGGGGAUGCGCGCGGUUGGUGGAACAUUCGCUUUUCCAAGCCUUCAUCCUCGCCGUGGUCGCUUUUAACGCCGUCGUGCUGGCGAUGGAACUACCCGAUCGCGCGUACGAGGCGAGAGGCGGAUCCACGCCGCUCACGGAGGGGGGUUCUUUCGCCGUGCACGUCGGCUUCGUGCUCGUCUUCGGGUUUGAGGCGUUGGCAAAGAUCAUCGCUCACGGAUUCGUCAUAGGGCCUGGGACGUAUCUCAGAGAUCGCAGUAAUAUUUUCGAUUUCAUCGUCGUCGCCGUGGGGGUGAUAGAUUUAAGCACGGCGGGGUCGAGUGGCGUGGGCACGUUGCGAAUACUUCGCGCACUUCAACCGUUCAGGGCGUUGAGCAAGUUCGAAUCGGGUCGAAUAGUGUUCGUGACGAUUGAGAAAUCCGUCCCAUUGCUGAUGGACGUCGUCAUUUUCAUGUCGUGGUUCGUCAUCAUGUGUACCGUGAUCGGGGUGCUCUCGUUUGCUGGGAACACGAGCUCUCGCGAGUACGUCGGUUCAGGCUUUGCAGCGAACGCGUCAACGACAGAAAUUUGCGCGAAUCUCGUCGCUGGGUAUUCCAACUCGGUUCAAGCCACCGGUGAAAACCCAUCGUAUCCGUCCGACCUCGACAUGUGCGCUCACAAGUCCGAGAACACGUUGCUGCGAAGCGUGAACGGUUCGCAAGUUUACUGUUGCCACUCAGGAACGUCGCCCGUCGACGGUUUCGUGAGCUUUGACGAUUUUGGCCGCGGUAUGUUCGUCGUACUUCAGACGAUGACGAUCGAUGGGUGGAACGAAAUCGCAUGGACGACCGCCCGGACUGUGGGUGUAGUUCCCGCGUUUGCGUUCUACGCGUCGGUCGUGUUAUUAGGAGGCUUCUUCGUAUUUCAAUUAUUUACCUCCGUGAUUUGUGCAACUCUGUCGGAUAUAAAAGACGAGAAGGCGGAGAAUGAUGCAGAAGUUAAGUGUACCGCGCUCGAACGCUCUGUCAAUGAAACGAUGGCGAGUGCGACUGGUGAGAGCGUUAAAGUUGCUGAUUGGGAGGCCGUCUCGGUGCUCAAGUCACCGACUGAUUACGAUUGGGAUGAAACGCGAGGAAUCUUUGGGAGAUUGAAGCUGCUGGCGAUCUCACUCGUCGCCGACGAGCGGUUCGAAAUGUUCAUAAACUUGUCAAUCUUUUGCAACGUCGUGGCGAUGAUGACACGCACCGCCGAAGCGAACGCGGAGCUCGAAGCGUUCCGAUCGAACGCGGAAUACGUCUUCUUUUCCAUUUUUUGCAGUGAGCUCAUGAUAAAACACGUCGCGCUCGGGAUGCGUACUUACUGGGCCAGAAGUUGGAAUCGACUGGACGGCGCCGUCGUGCUGUCCGGAUGCGUUGACAUGAUCAUGAGUGCACAAGGGGCGACCGGCGUGAACGUUUCUUUCCUGAGAAUUAUGCGCAUUCUCAGACUUUUUCGAGUCGCGCGUGUAUUCCGAAGAUCCGAGAGCUUCCGUAAGAUGAUACGCGCCAUCAUAAGUGGUACGCAGCGGAUGUGGGUGUUUCUGUUGGUUUGGGCGCUAUGCCUGUCGAUUUUUGCCAUCUUAGGGACCCAGCUUUUCUCGGCAAAGGGUAAUAUUGACGAAGAGAGGUUGAACUUUCGGGACUUUGCGAGUUCAAGUUUGACACUCUUCGUCGUCAGCACGGGGGAGAAUACGUUCGAAGUCGCAUGGUCAAUCAUGCAAGCCGCUGGACAUCCUGCGGGGAUAUACAUGAUUGUCUGGUGUCUUAUCACAACGUCAAUCCUCUCCGUGGUUCUCGGUAUUCUGAUUGAAAGCGUCACCGAAGAUGAUGAACCGAUUGAUAUGGAUGAGUUAAUGAUACAAUCAGGUGGUGACGUAAGACUACACAAGUUCACCUGUUCGUUGGCUGAAGAAUAUGGGUUCAAUACGCGGGAUAUCCCGUCGUGGUUCAUUUCUAAGGCGGCGAAAGAGUACAAGGAGAUGUUGUCCAAGAGUGAAAAGCAAGGUGACAGCGCUAGCGAGGAUGAACUAUCGGAUGCAUACGACUUGAAGGAAGAAGACGACGCUCACGGUUCGCACUUCGGCGGUUUAGGUCUCAAUCCUCUGCAGUGGAGAGAACAACGCCAGGCAAAGCUCCAUCGAAUGCGUCUCGUGCACGAAGUCGCCGUCGUAAGACACUGGUUGAUCUCUCUAGGAUACGAACAACACACCAAGCGUUCGCUCAAGGUUGCGCGGGGAAUGCGCCGUCAAGCAGUCGAGAAGGCUCGCGCGAGGCUUUCUCAAGGACACGAGCUCUAUCAAAUGAAGCGAGCUCAACUGAUGGAGCGCAGUAGUAUGAGAAUUGAUGACAGCGCCUCGCGAUUGCGCGACCGUUUGCAACAACUGAGUCUUCGGUGCAUCAUCAACAGGGGGGACGAUCUCUACGCGGGUGUGGAUCUCGCCAUGCUGCACGCCGAUGACAUUCCUUUACACGCUCUGUACGCGGCACCAAGCGUGAAGGUGACAGAUGAGCUCGCCGAGGCAGGUAGAGAGCUAGAAGCUUUCGUACUUGACGACAACUUCAAGAUAGCCCUGUCAUUUUACGACAUUGAUGCCGAGGAUGAAAGCGUGCACAUUCAGACAAGACUCAAAGUUCUGAGAUUAACGAAACAACCUUGGUUCGAUGGCGUGAUCCUGCUUUUGAUAAUCGUGUCGUCUGCUCUAUUGGCAACCGAGACGCACACGUUCCCGGAAGAAGGCUCACAAACCGCGCAUGUGUACGAAUCGCUAGAUAUCAUGUUCAACGCAUGCUUCACGGUGGAAAUGUGUCUGAAACUUUACGCACUCGGAGCUUGGAGCGCACACGGCGCGUACUUUCGAUCAUCCUUCAACUGCAUGGAUGCACUCGUCGUCGCAAGCUCUUGGUUGAUCAUUUUCCUUGGAACCGCCGUUCCGAUUCGCUCGCUGCGCACCGUGAGAAUAUUGCGUCCUCUUAGAUCGGUGAAUCGGAUCAAAGGACUUAAACUUGUCGUUGAAACCAUCAUGUCGUCCGUUCCAGCCGUUGGAUCGGUAUGCGUGAUAGGUCUUGCUUUGAUGACAAUACUAAGUGUGCUCGGCAUGGAACUCUUUCUGGGCAAGAUGCAUCGAUGCACUCUUACUUCUGCGCCAGUCGCAACGAAGGCUGAGUGUCUCGCUGCCGGCGGGGUGUGGAGGAAAGCCGAGUUCAAUUUUGAUAGUUUCCUCGAAGCUCUACUGAGCGUUUUCAUAGCGUCGACAGGUGACAAUUGGCAGGAUAUCAUGUUCGAAUCGAUGGACGUCGUCGGCGUGGACAUGGAACCAGUGAGGGAAAAUUCAAAGUGGGCCGCAGUCUACUUCGUUGUCGUCAUACUUUUCGCUUUCCUACUCUGGUCCAAUCUCUUCAUAUCUGCUCUGGUGGACAACUUCAAUCGCCUGUCGGCUCGAAGUAAGAAUGCGAAAAGCCCGCUCAUGACAGAUGAGCAGCGUGUUUGGCACCAGGCAAUGGCUCUGUCGAUCACGCACGUGGACAACGAGUGGAGGAGAAAGCCGCCGCAGACUGCGUGGAAACAAGUAAUUCAUAACAUCGUGUCGAGACACAGCUUUGACACCGUCUGUGUCAUCAUGAUUUUAUCGAACAUGGUUCUAAUGAUGAUGGUUCGGGAAGGCGCGUCAAAACCAGAGGAAGAUUUUCAACUGUGGAUGGGAAACGCGUUAUCGAUUUGGUAUAUCAUCGAAGCCGCGUUGCUAAUAAUCGCCAUGAAAUGGAGGAAUUAUUGGAAGAGCGGCUGGAACAAAAUGGAUUUCAUUGUCGCCGUAUCAGGAACAAUCGGUCUCGUCGUCCCGGCUGUUUAUAAAUCUGGGAUCGGUGGUAUGUUCCGUAUGUUGAGGUUUUUGAGACUUUUCAAAGUCGUGCAAGUGAGUAAAGGGCUGCGAACGCUGUCGGCGACUUUUAUUGGGGCAGUACCUGGCGUGAUAAACGUAGCCAUGUUGUCGAUGUUGUUCAUGUACAUCUACUCGUGCCUAGGAGUAUCUUUCUUCGGCGACAUGCGAGCCGACUACGAAGGCGCAGCGCUGUCCGAGUACUCAAAUUUCAAAACGUUCCCCAAAGCGAUGAUAUCGCUUUACGUGUGUUUCACGGGAAACUGGCAAGGCUAUCUGAGCGAUGUUUACGUAGACACGCUGUGUUACGGGAAUGAGCCGCUACCGAACGGAGUGAAGUGCGAGCCUAACUACAUCGCCAUCGUCUACUUUAUUUCAUUCGUCAUCAUAUGCGUUUUGUUUUUGGGCAAUCUAUUCGUGGCGAUCAUUUUAGAGCGAUUUAGCUUUUGCGCAUCGGCAGAGGGCGUGUACGGUGACAACGAGGGCUCGGUGAUCUAUAGGACGAUCGUCUUGCGUCGAGUGGCGCAAUCGAUCGUUAAGCGCGUGCGCGUCGUGAAGAGACUUAGUCCCGUUGAACGCAAGGAGAUGAUAAGUAGAAAUACUACGCUCAACUCGACGGCAGGGAGUGGGAGCCGGACGCCCGUACGGCCAACACAGACGGUAGUCUUGAGCAGAGACGUCAGUAUCGACGAUGACGUCAGUAUCGACGAUGCCGAGUUGGGAGCGUUUGAAGGAAGAUUAGAAGAUGAGGUUCGCUCCAGACUGACUGAUAUUGUCCAAGUUGGACGAUCAAAAUCGACGAAUCCGUCAACGCCACCAACCUUAGAAGUGGAUGAAGGAGAUUUAGUCGUCAACAUCGAUUUCGGCGACGUGAAGGCCGCGCUGCAAGAAGCGAUACCUUCGCACGACACAAAAACCAUACUAGCCGCGGCCAGCGCCAUUGAUCGUCUCGUGCGAAGCCGUUCUCGCUCAAGAUCCGACGUUUGCUCUCGAGGACACUCUCGUGCGUCUUCAUUCGGAUUCGACGACAGUUUGAAUAGGAGUGACGAAGAGACGGAUGGGACUGCGGUUGCUGUCUUCAAUCGUCAGGAUUCUGUCAACGAGCGUCUCAAAGCACAGCAAAUAGGGGCGUUGAGUACGACCACUCCGUCAACCACACGUCGAGAGGUCGCGAGAGUUCACACACGAGCGAAAAUCACCACAGCUGGCGCUCGAAUGGCCGUAGCGACCAGUGCCGGCUCAUCGCGCUACGCUUCGUCGAGCGAUGACGAGAGCGUCGACGGCGCUUACACACCUAUGAGCGCCGAGCCGCACGAUCGUACUUUCAGCUUUGAAAACGAAGAUUCCGAUUCAGACAUCGGAAGCUGUAACUCGCAGCUGUAG